AUGGAACGCUUGACCCGUGCUUUGGAGAAUACUGAUCGAAGCAUCCAAGUUCAAGUGCAAGACUUUGAUGGCAAACUUGAUGCUGAUGGUUAUUGUGACUGGAUGGCAUCUUUAGAAGCUUUUUUUGAUGGAAAAUUUCUUACAGAUGAGAAAAAGUUGAAUCAGCGUGUCGAGCAAUUUGUUAGUGAUUAUACAAAGCAAUUCUACAAGCUUAUGAGUCGUGUGAGUUUACAAGAAUCUGAUGAUCAAUUGGUGGCUAGAUAUGGUGGAGGGAGUAAGGAGAGUGGAAAGUUUCAUUCAUCUUCCAACAAAUAUUUUCGGUGUGGUAAAUCUGGGCAUAGAUCCUAUGAAAGUCCAAAGAAGAAAGCUGAAUUGCAUCUUGCGGAAGAAGAAGAUGAAGGGCCAAUUUAUGAUGAAGAACCAGAGGUUGAUCUUAAUGAAGAAUAUUGUGAAGGUGAUUGUGAUGCGGAAAGUUUUGUAAUCCGGCAAGUGCUGACUGUUCAAGAGACUGAUAGAUGGUUGAGGCAUAACAUUUUUCGAACCUAUUGUCUUUCUUAUGGAAAGAAGUGCAUCUUGAUGAUUGAUUCGGAAAUUUGUGAGAACAUGGUGUCAAAAGUAGUGAUAGAAAAGCUGAAGCUUUCUUGUGAACACCAUCCAAAGCCUUAUAAGGUUUCCUGGUUCAAAAAGGGUGGAGAAAUCAUGGUGACUCAGAGAUGCAAAGUAAAGUUUGUUGUUGGCAAGUAUGAAGAUAAAAUUUUUUUUGAUGUGCUGCCCAUGGAUGCUUGUCAUUUGCUUCUUGGCAGACCAUGGCAGUUUGGUAGGAAUGCUUAUCAUGAUGGAAGGAAGAACACUUACACUAUUAUCCAUAACAAAUUGAAGCAUGUUUUGACCCCGAUAAAAGACAUUUCAAAUAGUGUGCCUUCUUCGAACCAGAUCAGCUUAUUAUCUUACAAAGAAUUUGAAGAGUCCUACAAAAAAGAUGGUAUUGUUUAUGCUCUGGUUGCUGCAGAAAAAAGUGAAGAACUUGAAACAAAAGUUUCGAACGAAGUUCGAGGCUUAUUGGAUAGAUUCAAAGGCUUAGCUCCAGCUGACCUUCCUGCUGGUUUACCACCACUUCGGGACAUUCAGCAUCAAAUUGAUUUCAUUCUAGGUGCUAUUCUUCCUAAUCUGCCUCAUUAUAGAAUGUCUCCUAAUGAGCAUGCUGAAUUACAAAGGCAAAUCAUUGAUUUAUUGCAAAAGGGAUUGAUUAGAGAAUCACUUAGUCCUUAUGCUAUCCCUGGCCUUUUAACUCCUAAGAAAGAUAAAACAUGGAAAAUGUGUGUUGAUAGUAGAGCUAUAAACAAGAUUACAAUCAAGUAUAGGUUUUCCAUCCCUAGACUUGAUGAUAUGCUGGAUGAGUUGGCUGGUGCAAAGGUGUUUUCUAAGAUUGAUUUACGGAGUGGUAAUCACCAAAUCCGAAUUAGAAAAGGUGAUGAGUGGAAAAUAGCCUUUAAAACCAAAGAUGGUUUGUAUGAGUGGCUGGUUAUGCCAUUUGGAUUAUCAAAUGCCCCCGGCACUUUCAUGAGGCUUAUGACCCAAGUUUUGAAGAACUUCAUGGGGAAGUAUGUUGUGGUGUAUUUUCAUGACAUCCUGGUUUACAGCAAGGAUAGUAUAGAACAUGUGAAUCACCUAUCCAAUGUUUUCAAAAUGCUCCAUAAAAACCAGUUGUAUAUGAAUCUGAAGAAGUGCUCUUUCACGACUAAUCAAGUUGUAUUUCUAGGCUAUGUUGUUAGUGCAGAUGGCAUAAAGAUGAAUGACGAGAAGGUAAAGGCUAUUCUUGAUUGGCCUACGCCUAGAAGUCUGACUGACGUGAGAAACUUUCAUGGUUUGGCAUCAUUCUAUAGGAGAUUUAUCCGACACUUUAGUACCAUUGCUGCUCCAAUGAUGGAUGUUCUAAAGAAGAAGAAAUUUCAAUGGACCAAUUAG